UGUAAAAGCCAACUGUACAAACCAUGAAUUGAGCAGCAGAGCCUAUCUCCAAGCCGUAAUUUUACUAGAAUUACUGGAAGAGCACUGCGUGGAAAAUUACAAAUGUUACAUUACAAACUAUAAGGUCUUUGCAAAAGAUUGGAUUAGGAAAAGAAUAAUAAAGAAUUACACAGGAGGAACUAAAAUUGCAGGGAUUGCCAUAAAAAUAAUCCAAGCUCUGAUGAGAAAGACAAAAAGUGCCUUAGAACAAGCAAUGGCGACUAAGAAGGAAAAUGUGCCAGAAUUUUUAACAGAAGUUCGUGAUAUUUUGAAGGAUGAUUUUGUGAUUGACAAGGGGAGUUUGGAAAUUGUACUCUUUCAAAAUGCCACCAAAGCUAGCGAGUUUGCCAAGGAUGUUGUUGCAGCCCUGGAUGAUGUGGAGCAGAAUCUCAUAUCAGGCUUUAAUGGAGACUGUGACAUCAAAGAAAUUCUGUCACAUCUGACAGUGCAGCCUGAUAAAGAAAUCUUCCGCCAAGUUCUUGGCUGUGGGAAGAUGUGCCCAUUCUGUGGAGUUCCUUGUGAACGGGGAGGCUCAGGGCACAAGCAGCAUUUUUCUGAAACACAUAGGCCUAAGGGUCUAAAAUAUUAUCACUAUGAUUUCAAUGAAAAGCUUGUAGCAACAGUGUGCACUUCUUCAGUGGCAUGUGAUGCUUCAUUCUGCUGUACAGAAACACAUGAUAAAUUUCAUCCUUACAAAGACUAUCGCAGUGUAAAUGAUUAUUUUGUCUCCUGGGAUAUUCCACCAGACACCAGCAUCCAAGCAGCAUCUUACUGGAAAUACGUUCUGUGUACUUUUAAUAAAGAGUUUGCUGAGGCUUAUAAUGCCAAAGAAGCUGAUAUCCCUGACGACUGGAAAACUAUACAAAGGGAAAUAAAAGCAGAAAUAAAGAAAACAUACAAUAUGUGAACAAAAAUAUAAAGUACUUGGAACAGUACAAGAUGAAAUCUUCAGGGAGACACUGUAAUCAGACAUUUACUUUUAAUACCAUUCACAAUACUUCAGUCACAGGAGAGCACUAACGCCAUUGUUUCAUGUGAGGAUUCUCAUCAUCGCUCAAGACUCAGGGUUAACCUAUCUUUUAACAAAAUCGGAAAGCAAAGAAUUGCCAGAAACAGCACGAAGAAUACUAUUGAGCUGAACUGUCUUGUCUGCUACUUACAGGAAUCAAUUGCCCACCUCCGUAUCAAUGUGUACACUGUGAUAAUAUUUACCUCAGUGAUUAGAAUUUGCUUGAAAUGUAUUUCUCAUAUUGUGGUGGUGGUAGUUUAAAGGGAACCCCACUAAGGUUGUGCCAGAUAAUGAUGAAAUUAAGAUAGGUUGUAGUGAGUGGAACCAAAUCAAUAUCAUAAUUCUGAAAUAAAAACAAAAAAACUGCAGAUGCUGGAAAUCCAAAACAAAAACAGAAUUACCUGGAAAAACUCAGCAGGUCUGGCAGCAU